AUGUUCAUAGGUGAGCGUGAACGUGUGCAGAAGAAAACUUUCACAAAAUGGGUGAAUUCUCACUUGAUUCGCGUCGAUGCAAGAGUGAACGAACUGUAUCAAGAUUUAAAAGAUGGACGCAAACUAAUUAUACUUCUGGAAAUUCUUUCUGGCGAAAAGAUCGUAAGUAGAGCACUCACUUGCAAUUGUUUAAUGAGCUGUGUGCACAUAAAAUGAAACUUUUUGAGUUUUGUUCUUGAAGGGGAAACCAGCCAGAGGAAGAAUGAGAAUUCAUAUGAUGGAAAAUGUUGAAAAAGCUUUGCAAUUUCUCAAAGUGCAAAAGGUAUGGUACAGUACAGGGUGUCUCAAAAAAAACCAAAAUCAUUGAAAUAACGUAUUGUUCGAAUUUCAAUGCCGUGACACAAAGGAUUUUGACAGGGUGAUUAAUUUGUUUUAAAAAAUUAAAAUAUCUUUGUAAAGUGAACGUUUGUUUGCUCAUGGGAAUUUAAAAAUGCUUCGUAAAUUGUAAUAUGCGUAAUAUGCAUUCGUGGGUUUAGUACUUUAUGCCUGACAUAACAAGUUUACGCUGAGUAUUACCAUUCAUUAUAGCAGUUAUGUCAAUCUUUUAUGCACUCGUGGGAUUAACUUAGUGCUAGGGCAUUGAAUAUCGAACAAUACAUCAAUUUCAAUGAUUUUGUGUUUUUUUUGAGACACCCUGUACAUUGAUGUUUAGACAGCUGUGAUGUUAAGGAUUACCAGAAAAAUUCUGACCCCUAGGUGUAGAUGAGGCAUGUAUAAAGUUCCAUGCUUUCUAAUAAUAUAGGUUCACUUGGAAAAUAUUGGUGCUCAAGACAUCGUUGAUGGAAAUCCGAGGCUAACUCUCGGUCUUAUCUGGACAAUUAUUCUUCGGUUCCAGGUAUUCUACGUUCCUUUGCAAUUUUUCAAAGUUUUGUGAAGUUUUAUAUAAAUUUUGCAGGCUCAUGAGUUAUUGAUUUUGUUGAAAGUAAAUUAAUGCAUUUUCAACAAUGUUUCUUAUGAAUUCAUGAUUUUUUGUAGAUUCAAGAUAUUAUCAUCGAAAGUGACAGUAAAGAGAAAAGAUCUGCAAAAGAAUCUCUGUUAUUGUGGUGUCAAUCAAAGACCUCUGGGUAUAACUUAACUACAUUAGAACAACAUAUCUUGCACAUUGUGGCUAGACAAGUUAACUUUUUCUGGCAUUUACAGGUACAGAAAUGUGACAGUUACAAAUUUCACAACCAGCUGGUCAGACGGUCUGGCAUUCUGUGCAAUUAUUCACAAACACAGGUCAGUUGAAUUUUCAAUGCUUCAUUUUGUUGUCUUUGGUCUAGUGCUUUAAUGUUCUGUUUUUGUUUAAUUCCAGGCCAGAUAUCAUUCCUUAUGAAAACUUCACCAAGAGCACUGCCCCAGAGAACUUGCAAACUGCAUUUGAUGUUGCAGAGAGUGAUUUGGGGAUUGCGCCUUUGCUUGAUGCAUCUGGUGAGAUGACAUUAUCAUUAUUUUACCAUCACCAUCACUGCCAUAACCACCACCACCACUACUAACCACUGCCUUAAUUAUUACUACCACCAUCAUCAUUACCAGUACAUCAUUAGCAUCACAACCAUCAUUACUAUCACCAUGACUACCAUCAUCAUGACCACCAUCUUCUGAAUAUUACAGGGUCUGAAAUUUGCAGUAUCCCGAUAUCCACAGGAUACUAAAAUUUGGUUUUGGAUACCAAACUGUGAAUGACUUAUAUCCCAACUGGAUACUAAGAAAAUUUCAAACAUUAGGAAAAUGUUAAGCACCUCUGACAGUCUCCUGAUAGCUUUUGAAUACUAUGAGUUUGCCACCCAAGCCUUUCUUCAUAUAAUGUGCAUUUUUGUGGAUUAAUGAAUUGUCUAGUUGUUGACAACUUGACUGAACAUUGAAUCUCCUGUUGUUACUGUAAUUUGUAACAGCGAGAGUUAUUGGAUGGGACAGGGUAGAAUACUUAUGGUAACCAGUGUCCAGAAGUGGGAUACUGCAUUCUCAGGGGGGAUACUAAACUUUGAAUCCUGAUAUCCCAGUUGGAUACUGAGAAAAUAUUUAAAUUUCAGACCCUGAAUUAUUAUCUCAUUUUUUCCUUCAGAUGUGAACGUUGACUUUCCAGACGAAAAAUCAAUUAUGACCUAUGUUGCAUCCUAUUACCAAUAUUUUGCAAAAAUGAAGACUGUCGAAGUCAGUGGCUCUCGUAUCGGCAAGGUAUGGUAACUAUCAAAUCUUUUUUCAAACGAUACUGUAGUUUAUUUAAUUAGGAAGUUAAAUAUGUUCCUACUCAGUGAAAAGAGAAUACAGUAACUUUUUGACAGAAGUGCCUUUGAAAUCAUUGCUUUGUAUGCCUUUUCGUAGGUGGUAGAGAAAGUCUGUGAGAACAAUAAACUGAUCACUGAAUACGAUGUGAAUGCUGAUGAGUUGAUCAAAUGGAUCAAAGUUACUACCGUGACAUUACAGGAGAGAGAUUUUGCAAACACGCUAGUUGGCGUGCAACAGCAGAUGAUGGAGUUUAAUCAAUACAGAACACAAGAAAAGCCACCUAGGUAUGCAUAUCUAGAACAUUUGAUGACAUUUUCACCCUUAUACCUCUAUCCAGUAUAAAUAAAGUUUGUUUAGUUUAGGUUACCUCUUGUAGUAACACUGGAUCAAUAAGAGAUGAUCCUUACUGGACCUCUGGGGAGAACAGUUUAGAACUGAUAGAGCUAUCUAGUAUAAAUAAACUUAGUUUAGUAUCACUUCUGUUGAGAAUAGCAUAGGACUGAAAGAGAUAUUUAGUGUUUUCAAGGUACAUAGGUAUUAAUGUGUAUUUUAUUUUACUUCAAGAUUUACACAGAAAGGCAACUUGGAAGUUCAGAUGUUUAUUUUGACAAGUAAUCUGCGAGAAAAUCAUCAGAAAAUGUACAGUCCUCCUGAAGGCAAGAUGAUCUCAGAUAUCAACAAAGUAAGGACAGAUUUCAUUUAACAGGAAUUGCUUUGCAAAUUGAAGUAAAAAUUGUAUUGAGUAAGAUUACUAAGAUAGGUUUAUGCAAUUAAGCACUUUCGCACAGCAAUAAGAGGUGCUCCUGUAUGUCUCAACAUUUCUCAAGUUGAUGAUGAGCUGCUGUUCCCAAAAGAUAACCGAAACCCCUCGCUAUUGUGAUGAUAAUGAUAUCUCGCUUUUUGUUUGUCAGGGUUGGGAUGAGCUUGAGAGAGCUGAACACGAACGUGAAGUUGCGCUUAGAGAUGAAUUGAUUAGGUAAUGAGUUAUUGAUUGACGAUGGAUGAUCUAACUGUCUGACAGAUCAUUUGUCUUAGUGAAAACUAAGUGAACUACUAUAUUCAGACCAACCAGCUAGACUAACUACAUAGCACAAUAUAUGCUAGCAAUGGUUUUGUGAACAAAUUAAUAUGCCAGAUACUUACCUGAUUGUUCAUCUAAUGCCAUAUUUACAGUAUACAUUGAUCGUCUGUGAAGACAAACUUUGCACUCAAGAGCUAGACAAGGUGUACUGUAUGGUUUGUCCUUACAGAUGAUUUGCCUGUUUGUUGUGUUUACCUACAGACAAAUGAUCAGAUGAUCCAUCCCUAGUAAAAAUAGGGUCAAUAGUUUAUGGUUAGAAGCAAACAUAUCUAGUACAGGACUUACACAAACAACAAAAUUUCACGGAUUAGAGUAAAACAAUUUAGAACUUUGGUUGUCCAUAGACUCCAUACAAUGAUGUCCUCCACUUUAGAAACUGCCUCAGGUAUAUACUGUGGUAUAUAACCUUUAUUUUGCAUUAAAAUAGACAAGAAAGGCUUGAAAUGUUAGCUGCAAAGUUCGACAGAAAGGUAUGUAGAUCACAAUAUUUCUUUAUUAUUUGUAUGGCUGUUUGUUUAUUAUAAUUUUGUUAUUUUGUGCCUUCCCCAGGCUUCAAUGAGAACGCAGUGGUUAAAAGAAAACAAACGGCUUGUUUCACAAGAUAACUUUGGCAAUGAUUUAACUGCAGUUGAGGCGGCCAUGAAGAAACACGAAGCAAUCGAAUCUGAUAUUCAUGUAAGUGAAGUUUGUACAGUUUGUCUGUGGUUUAAAUCCAUGCAGGCAUAACAAUAUUGUACUUUGUUUGUGCAGGCAUACGAAGCUCGAAUCAACGCUUGUGUUGCUCUUUCCGAAGAGCUCGAUAAAGAAGAAUACCAUGAUGUACAAAGAAUACUUGUGAAGUAAGUUAAGACCUUAUUUCUUCUCUUGCCAUUUCUGCAAUGUCUGCCACCAUACUGAUACAUCUUCUGAGUUCUGAUCUUUUAUGUGAUUUUAAGGAAAGACGAGAUUUUGAAAUCGUGGCAGGAGCUGUUGGAGCUCGUUGCUGCACGUCGUGCAAGACUCGAGAAAGUAAUGAGAUUACAAAAGGUUUUCCAAGAAAUGAUUAAUGCCGUUGAUUGGAUGGACGAUAUUAAGGUAUUUUGUUUGUUUGUUUGUUUGUUUGUUUGUUUGUUUGUUUGUUUGUUUGUUUGUUUGUUUGUUUGUUUGUUUGUUUGUUUGUUUGUUUGUUUGUUUGUUUGUUUGUUUGUUUGUUUGUUUGUUUGUUUGUUUGUUUGUUUGUUUGUUUGUUUGUUUGUUUGUUUGUUUGUUUGUUUGUUUGUUUGUUUGUUUGUUUGUUUGUAAAUGGGGAAUGACUUUGUAGACACUUUGGAACUUGAUUUUCAGGCUAGCUUGCAGUCCGAGGAUUAUGGGCGUCAUUUGCUGGAUGUUGAAGAUCUCCUACAAAAACACAGUAUGAUCGAGGCUGAUAUUGCAGCACAAGAAGACAGGAUCAAAGUUGCGGACGAUCAAGCGAACUUGUUCCUUGAAAUGGAACCGGAGGUCGAAGGUACGGAAUUAGCGAAUUGGACAUCGAUCACCGGAAUUCAAUUGUGCUACAGCAAAGAAUUGAAACACUGCGCGUCCUCUAAGACAAGCGUUAAGUCGUCAUGAAAAUAUUUUGUGCACUUAAAUUGGAUAAGACUCGCUACCAAUCCUUGUUGACUCGAUAGCUCAAUGGGUAGAGCGGCUGUCUAAAGUCUACAAAAUCUCAGACAUACUAUGCAGACGAACUACUGUAGCUAGUAAUAAUGCGAUCUAUAUACAGACUCUCGCUUGUGUUUGACCAUUGACUCUCGCGCACUCUCAUCAAAUUUGAGCUGUUGAGCAUUCUUGCUACGUGCGUGGUUAUACCCAGUCAACUUGCAUGCAACUCUUGUUUUUAUUUAACCCUGGGUAUGAGGCUUGAGAAAACCAUAUGUUACCAAAUUGUAGAUGUUGACAUUGACAAAGACCAGAUCAAGGAACACCAAGCAGAGAUGGACUCCUCUUACAAAGAACUCUUAGAUUUGGCUCAAGUGCGUCGUGCCAGGCUGGAAGAAUCGCUCGCUUUACAGAAGUUUUACCGCGAUGUAGAUGAGGAAGAAAUAUGGAUCUCUGAGAAGGACACGUUCCUGUCUUCAACUGAUUAUGGCCGUGAUCUUAACACAACCAUGUUUUUACUUAAAAAACACGAGGUAUUACAUAUUUGUAAGCGUUUUUCACCAGAAUACUGUUGUCUUGGUAUAAUUUCACCUUGGUCACAUUUGAAAAGAGUGCUUCCAGUUCGGCUCUACCAAACACCGUGGAUUUUCUUCGGUUUUUUCCUGUAGUGGUACUGGAUCAGUAAAGGCUAGCUCUUAAGGUCCAUACAGACCGAACGCGAUUCGACAACGCGACGCGAAUUUUCAGUUUUUAAAAACAAAUAAAACCGUCAACGGAUAAAAAUUUUACAAGAUAUGCAGACCAAAUAGCUAAAAUUGCUUAAGUGGUUCCGAAUAUUUAAAAAAACAUAGAAAAAUAUUGAAGUUAAAUGUCAUUGAAAAUUGAAAAUUCGCGUCGCGUUGCCAAAUCGCGUCCGGUCUGUAUGACCUUUACUGUACAUCUUGGAAGAACCAUUUAGAACAGAUAGAAUUAUCUAGCAUAAUGUAGUAAGCUUACUUUAGGUUUCCUCUUGUAAUGACUGCAUACAAAUUAGGGCAGGCCCCUUACUGGACCUGCAAGGAGAACAGUUUAGAAUGGACCAUUUGCAUUAUAGACUAAAUUUUAAUCUAGACAAAAUUUCAUCACAGCUUGAAAGAGCAUCACAAAAUUAGUAAUAUUCCAAAGUUUCGUUGCGAAAUGUUGUAAAAUGCGGAUAAUAUAGCCUUGCGAAGUUUGCAAUUUUCCGUCAUUUUGUAUUACAAACGGGAAAUUGAUGCCCCAACACCCGAUUGGGCUGUCAAUUUCCCGUGCGUAAUACAAAAUGACUGAAAAACGGCAAACUUCGCAAGGCUAUAUUAUCCGCAUUUUACAACAUUUCGCAACGAAACUUUGGACUAUUACUAACUUUGUGAUGCUCUUUCAAGUGGUGAAAUUUUUGUCUAGAUCAAAAUUUAAUCUAUAAUGCAAAUGGCCAUUGUCGGAUUAUAAUCGUCCAAUCCGAUCCGAUGCACACCUCUAGUCUGCAUCGAGUUCUUAAGCUUCUUAUUCUAUUGACUAUAUAUGCUCAAAUUUGGUGUUCAUUUUUGUAACUAAAAGGGUGUCAGGUUUUCAUCGUUUUAGCAACCUUGUAAUUUAGUUUCUUGGUAAAUCAGCUCUCUUUCAGAGACGUUAAGCCAGGUUUUCAUAUUGUCCGUCGUAAUGGUCGUAAAGAUAGAGUCACAAUCUUUCUUAACGGCCAGAUUAUAAUAGUUAUUACCUGUAAACCACAUAUAAAUAUAAGUAUUCUCUAUUAGAGACCUUAAGAUUGACGUUUACGGCAAACGUCGAACCGCUAACGACGUUUUUGAUUUUACAACUCUAUUAUAACAGCUUUUACAGUAGUUUUGAAAUAUAUUAAACAAUUAUUAAACUUGUGGUAUUUAUAGCAAUGAUUUAAAAAGCAAAUUAACCACCACCAUGGGUAAUCUCGUGUUCGUAUUUUAGCCAAUCAGCGCUCAGAAAGGGUUGUCCGAAUAGAAAUCCAUUUUGAUGUAUUCAGUCAAUUAUAUCUUUCGUUAUUCUUUAUGAAACUAGUUGAAAUUUUGUAAUUAUGUUUGCUUAUGAGAACUAUAACUCUGACAAAAAUAUGGAAUCGAAAUAAAAUAUAUUACAGGAGAUAUUCAGCUGUUUUAAUCAUAAAAUGGAUUUCUAUUUGACAACUAGUGCCAGUACUUUUCCGCGUAUCAAGAUCAUCUGGCAGUCAUGUAUUCACCAAAGCAGUAAAUUAAAAUUUUGCGUUUGAAGUUGACGUUUGGCGUAUAAAUUUCAUGCUUUAACGGCUACCAUUAAGCCCUCGUAUAGCCGUUCAAGUAUGAAAUUUAUACGUCAACUUCAAACAGUAAAUCUUAAGGUUACAGGACACCCUUUUUGGCGUUUUGCGGAAAGUCGCUAUUGCGCGCUCAAUAUAAGUCCGAUUUUUAUCAAAUUUUCAUCAAAUGUUCUCCAGUGCAUGCAAAGUAUGGUAAAAGUUGUAAAAUUAACAAACAAUAAAAUAAUGUAAGAAUUAUUCGGGAAAAUCUUAGAUCGCGGUACCUUUACGCUUUUGAGUUGUGCUCUUGCUGGUUUUAAGUUAUAUUUAUGAAAAUAUCAUUUUUAUACAGUAAAAUAGUUGUUCUAAAAAAUUGUGUUCGGAAAUUUUUGUUUAUUUCGUCAUUCCGCUGAUAUGGCGAUUUCUUUGACGACUGCAAUAUAUUUCUGAAUUCUUUGCGUGAAUUGCCCUUUAUUUUUAAAAUAUCCAACAUUAAAAAAAAAGCCGAACACAAUUUUGAAACUGACGUAUUUAGCUAUGUCCUGUGAAAAUUUGAGAAAAAAAUUGAAUUUGAAUAUUACAUUUUCAAUGUUUUUCUUAUUGCAGCGAAAUGUAUUUUACUAAAUAACUCUGCGAGUUUUCAACAUUUUUCGUUCAAACUUGGUCAGAUAGUAGAACUAGUCUAAUGCUUUCAUUGAAACCAAUAAAAAAAUUUUAGGCAAAAUUAACACUCAAAGGUAUUCUGUAACCUUAAUUUACUGCUUUGGUGAAUACGUGACUAAGUGGUUAAUUUGCUUUCUUAAAUCAUUGCUAAAUAGCACAAGUUUAAUAAUUCUUUAAUAUAUUUCAAAACUGGUAUAAAAGCUGUUAUAAUAAAGUGGUAAAAUUAAAAACUUCGUUAGCGGUUUGACGUUUACCGUAAACGUCAAUCUUAAGGUCUCUAUAUGUAGUAUUUAAAACACGAGAAGGAAUGUUUUAUCAUAUUUAAAACGCGAGGCGCAGCCGAGCGUUUUAGAUAUGAUAAAACGCGAGUUCGAGUGUUUUUAAUUAGGAUGAACAAUUAUAUAAUCAUACUAAUUAGGAUGAACAAUUAUAUAAAGAAUACUAAUGAAGAUGAGUUUUAUCAGAGAUAAAGUCACUCCACGUGACAUAUUAUGGCUGACAUGAUUUGCCACAAAGUUUAUGAAUUUUUAAUGAGUAUUUUAAUUAUAAUCACUCUACCUAUUAUCAGUGUUAAACUGUUGUAUUUCAGCUGUUGAGAAAGGUCGUGACUCAAUAUUUACGACCAUAUAUGGAAACCAGGAACAAUUGGGAGAGAGAUUCACGUCCCCUAGUGUUUGCCACUAGUCGAACUCAUGAUUUCUUUCCGUUCAGGUGUCAUCGUACGUGACGAGUUUGUUGUUCAGUCUUUGUGAAGAGAUAAACCGUGUGGGAGGCCACGCUGUAGACAGGUAGUUCUUUGUCAUAUUCUUAGAGCAUAACAGAAAUACCUCCGGAGUAAAGCGGGGCCGGAGGGUACACACCCUCUUCCUUUGAAAGGGUGGCUGGCAUUCACCAAUUAUCACAUAAAUUCCCAGCUGUUAGCGACCCUUACGGCCGAGACACACCGGACGCGAUUCGACAACGCGGUGCGAUUUUUUAGUUUUUGAAAGUUAAUAAGACAGCCAAUGAAAGGAAAGUUAGUAAAUUUUAAAAGAUAUGUAGAUCAAAUAACUCAAAAUGUUAUAGCUCUUCUAAAUAUUUAUAGCGCUUCCAAAACCUUAACCAGGAUCCAAGUUAUUGGUCAGUGAAAACUAUUGUCCAUUGUACGAAAAAUAAUACAGUUUAAAGAUUGUGGUUAACACGUAGGGUUUAUGAGAGAAACGUUCUACCAACCCAAUAGACCUUUCCCCUUUUGAGUGAAAUUUUGUUCUAGACAAGUCUGGACAAAAAUUUCAUCACAGCUUGAAAGAGCAUCACAAAAUUAGUAAUAUUCCGAAGUUUCGUUGCGAAAUGUUGUAAAAUUCGGAUAAUAUAGCCCUGCGAAGUUUGCCGUUUUUCAGUCAUUUUGCAUUACAAACGGGAAAUUGAUAAUCAGAUGAUGAAACUGAUUAUCAAUUUCCCAUUUGUAAUACAAAAUGACUGGAAAACGGCAAACUUCGCAAGGCUAUAUUAUCCGAAUUUUACAACAUUUCGCAACGAAACUUUGGAAUAUUACUAAUUUUGUGAUGCUCUUUCAAGCUGUGAUGAAAUUUUUGUCUAGACUUGUCUAGAUCAAAAUUUCACUCAUAAGGGUAAAGGUCUAUUGAAAGUAGCAGUUGUUCCAGCUUAAAAUGUAAGCGUGGUAUACAAGACGUGAUAAUCUGUACGUUGCUGUUGUAAACAGGGCAACGGCGGCGUCUAAAAUUACCGUGGGAUUUUAAUUGUAAAUUUCUGAUCAUUUUCUUGCAUUAAUAUGAUAUCAAUAUCCGUCCUCGUUGCACUUUUAUCCCGCUUGUCGAGGUUCUUAGUAACAGUAUAGUUCUUUAUCAUUUUGAAAGUGUAGAAUUUAAGGCUGUUUCUUGUCACGUUCCCGUACUAGAUAAGGCCGUGGUUAAGUUCGCUUUUGACAUUCUUCUGUGGUGGGUCAAGGGUGAAAAUGAGCACAGUUCCUUGAACUAUACCAGUUAAUCUUAUUGAUCCACCCCUGAUUUGGACCUCCCCCCUGACCAAAAAAAUGGGGUAGGACGUACUCGUGUUCGAUCCUCACACUGAUUGACAUUUCAUUUCACCAUAAUAUUGUAAUAUUUUUUUAAAGUUUGUUCGUUCACUGCAACCAUGUAUAUAUCAAUCAUGUUUCGCUCGCUACUCUGGUUUAAAUAAAUGAUUACAAAGCCCAGUCGAAUUGUAAUCAAGACCCAACGUUUCGACACUCCAGUUUAGUGUCUUCAUCAGGGGUGAUCUAAAGUUACAAUCGUGGCUUCUUAUAUACUCAAGGGAUGACGUCACAUCCCUUGGGUAUUUAAGAAGCCACGAUUGCAAUUUUAGAUCACCCCUGAUGAAGACACUAGACUGAAGUGUCGAAACGUUGGGUCUUGAUUACAAUUCGACUGGGCUUUGUAAUCAUUUAUUUAAACCAGAGUAGCGAGCGAAACAUGAAUAUUUUUUAUGUAAUAUUUUUUUAUUUGAUAAAUAUUUGUUUUUCUUCUCAGAUCAAUUUUACGUGACUUAGUUCGUGGAUUGAGUGAGGAUGUGUUGAAAUGUUAUGAAAACCUUUUGGCACGUUACAAGAAAGACAAAGAUGUCAUUGAUCAAAAUCGAGCACUGCAAGCCAUAUUUGAUUUCAAGUUUUUGUCUUCGGUGUUCGGUGAUCGUUCAAAAACCGAGGUAGGAUAUCUUCUACAAACUUAUCUGUCUUUAUUUGGUUAGUGCAUGUUCCGUUUACCUCUGUGACCAAUCAUUCAUUCAUACAAUAUACAGUUAUCUGUUAAUAUUACUACUGUACGUCUAAGUCUGCUUAUAUUUUCAGUUGUAUGUAUAUCUUCCACAGCUGUUUGUCUUUUAUUCUAAAAGCUCACUCACACUCAUUACACUCAAAGAGUGGAGGUUCAAUCUGAGCUUCCCUUGAGCAUGUCAGUGCUGUUUUCGAAUAGCUGGAGGGUGAGUAGUCACAUAUAGUAAGGUACGAUACUAACUCUCCAGCUAUUCAAAAGCAGCACUGACACUCAAGGGGAACUCGAAUUGAACCUCCACUCUUUGAGUUUUAGAAUACAGGCAUAAAUAAAAUUAAUUUAGAAAAUUUAGAACUGAUAGAACUUUCCAGUUUAAAUAAAGUUAGUUUAGAUUAGGUUUCCUCCUGUGGUAACACUGGAUCAAUAAGAGAUGAUCCUUACUGGACCUCUAGCGGGAACAGUUUAGUAGUAACACUGUAGUAACAAUGGAUCAAUAAAUGAUGACCCAUAUUUGGUCUCUAGGGAGAACAGUUUAGGACUGAUGGAACUAUCCAGUAUAAAGUUCGUUCAGUUACAGUAAGAACUGAUACAGUUUUCAUACGCAAUUGUAAAGUUCUAUGUUUUGUUUUCAGGAUAAUAAUAGUUCUUACAAAUCAAGAUUUGAAAAAAUUGUUGAAGAAUUGGAGGAUAUUGUGGAUCCAUUUGAUUUAAAUGUUUUCUCUCCUUAUAUCAGCAGUAACCUGAAUAAACAUCUGCAACGAUGUGGGGUGGGUAUAAUGCACACAUGUUAACAUAUUACAUUAUUAGCACAUACCAUACUUUUCUGGUUACGAUACCAUGCCAUACCUUACUAUGUAUUACCAUACCAUGCUAUCCCACCAUUCCGCACCAUACCACAUCACAAUGUACCACACCAAGGCAUACCACACUGUACCAUACCAUACCAUACCAUUUCAUUCCGGACCAUACCAAACCACACCAUACCAUACCACAUCAUACCAUACCACAUCAUAACCAUUCUGGACCAUACCAUUCCAGACCAUAUCACACCAUAUUACUCCAUACUAUACCAUGCACCACCAUACCACACCACACUGUACCACACCAUAGCAUUCUGGACCAUACCGUACCAUAUCAUACCAUACCAUACUAUGCCCCGCCAUACCACACCAGUCACCCCAAUGUACCACACCGUACCACACAAUACCACUAUUCAUCAAAUCGCUAACCAACUCUCUGUUUCCCUUUGUUCCCUAAGGUUCUGUUUGGUGUCCUCCUAAGUAUUGACAAACAUUCCCAGUUCUAUGGCAUGCCUCAGAGACCAGGCAGAGGACCUCAGGACCAACACAAUGUCAUGCCUAUUGCUAUCAACCCAGUGAGGUUUACACUGCUACCGCUCAGUUCACAUCAUACGGAGAAAAGUGAAACACAAAAUACAAAGGUAAAUAUUGGGUAGUAUAGUGGCUAGUUUACGUUAUCAAAAUUUCUUAGAACGAAAUACGAUUUUAUCGAAGUGUGUGAAGUUCAAACUUAAGCGUUAAUGUGCCUUUCACCCUUGUCCAGGAUUCAUUUUCUGCAUUAAGUAGUUGUCUGAUCAUAAUUUCGCCUCGGUCGCAUGUGUGAGAAGUGCUUCCAGUUUGACUCUACCAAACACUGUAGGUUUUCUCUAGGUACUAUAUGGCAUGGCUGGAUUUUGAGGGGAGGUGUGUGGAGGUGCGCACCUCCCCAGAGAUUGUUUUGCACCUCCCCAUAGAUUUGUUGCGCCUCCCCUGAAACGUCAUGCACCUCCGCUUGGGAAAGGUUUAAUGAUAGAUCAAAGUGAAAAUGUUUCUGCGUUGCUUAGAGUCUACACUUGAACUAUCCGUAUCAAGUGCCCUUUGAUGGAAUAUUUCGAAAUAAACUUUGUAGUAAUGUAAUGAAGAGCAAUAUUGGAUGAGUCCUACAGUCGUAAUUCAUAAAUACAGUGAUACAUAUGUAUAUGUACUGUAGCCGCCUAUUAAAGUCAACUACAUGCAUACAUCAUAUAGUUGACUUUAAUAGGGGGGGGGGGGGCUACAUUCUAAGUCCUAACAUUCCAUGGGGGCCGUGAGCUAGACGCUGCACCUCCCCUAAAUAUAUUUCCACCUUCCCCAGCAUUUCCACCCAAAUCCAGCCUUGCUAUAUGGUUUCCUCCUGUGUUAACCUUGGAUCAAUAAGGAAUGACCCAGACUGGACCUAGCGAGAACAGUUUAGAACUGAUAGAUCUUUUCAGUUUAAAUAGAAUUAGUUUAGUUUAAUUUAGUUUAGGUUUUAUCCUGUAAUAAAACUGGACCAAUAAGAGAUGAUCCUUGCUGGACCUCUAGGAAGAACAGUUUGGAACUGAUAGAGCUAUCCACUAUAAAUAAAGUUAGUUUAGUUUAGGUUUCUUCCUGUGGUAACACUGGAUCAAUAAGAGAUGAUUCUUACCGGACCCCCAGAAAGAACAUUUUAGAACUGAUAGAGCUGUCCAGUAUAAAUAAAGCUAGUUUAGAUGUCCUCCUGUUGUAACAUUGGAUCAAUAAAAGAUGACCCUUACUGGACCUAUAGGUACAGUAUACAUGUAGAACAGUUUAGAACUGAUAGAGUUGUCCGGUAUGAAUAAAGUUAGUUUAGUCUAGGUUUCCUUGUAAUUAUUCGUUUUUUUCUUUCCCAGCACACGGAGACUGACGAAAAUACGAACAAAAUGACAUGCAAUGUUCCGUUUUAUAAACACCAAGAAUUCUUAAUGAAUGAAAUACUAUUAGAUACUGCCAGCCAAGAAAGUUGACAAGAUCAUGCAUAAGGUACUUAAUUGUGUAAAAAAUUAGUAAUAUUUGUAUAAUCUGUAUAUAGAGUAUACAGCAAUCAGGUCUUGACACCAGUCAAUGUGCGAAAAGAUUGAUCACUCGGCCAAACUAUACUCUGGUUAUGAUUUUAGCCAGAGUAAAGGUUAAUUCCCAACAGGGUUGCCCACCUUACAUAGUCUGCAUGGUAAACUUAAUCAGGAAGUAAAUCCUGGUUACAUGUUGUUCAAAGAUAAAUGGGAUGAUCAGCAAUUUAAUCCAAGUAUUUUUAGAAUGUAUCAAUAUUAAAGGUUUUUCCAUCGGACAGACAUUUCAACUGUAUGUAGUAUUUAAGACCUAACCGUGGAAGAGACAGGAAUCGAACCUACGGCCCUGUGAUUCCAGUGCAGCUACAGAGACCAGUUGUCGAGCUCGUGCGGAUAAACUACAAAAACUACAAAAUCGUGCCGCAAGAGUACUGACGUCAUCCAGUUAUGAUACAAAUGCCGAUUAUCUGUUUGAAAUACUUGGUUGGAAAAAUCUUGCAUCUCAGCGUAAGAUCGCCAAAGCUAUCAUGGUAUAUAAAUCUGUGAAUGGCCUUGCACCAGAUUACCUCUCCGAAAUGUUUGUUGAUCGCAGUAACAUUACAAAUUAUACGCUGAGAGACACCACCGGCAAACUUGCGAUACCACAACCGCGUACAAACUAUUUGAAAAAUAGUUUUAGUCAUACAGUGGUGCGGUACUGUGGAAUUCUCCUCCUACAGAAUUACGGCAGGCUAUAGCUCUUUACGUAAAUUCAAGGCUGAUUGUAGCAACUUCAUUCGAUAAUUUUAAUAUUUUUACUCCUAUCUACAUUAUUUUAAUAAUGCACGGCACUCAUGGAAAACAGGUAUUAAUAAUGUAUUUCCAUAUAUUUUGUUAUUUGUAAUGUCCCUUGUCUAUUUUAUUGUAAAUCCUGAUGAGUCUACCGUGGUUAAAUAAAGUUCACUUACUUAC